AUGACCUCGCAGAUCACACCCAACAGCUUUCUCACCCGCACAGGGCCAUCGGCCGCAGCCAGCACGACCGUGUUCUUCAUCUCAGGGAACCCGGGUCUGAUCAGCUACUACCACCCAUUCCUAUCCCUGCUAUCCAAGUAUCUAGCCGAGCCAGAGGACAAUGGCAUCGAAGCAAAGAAAUUGCCAGCCCUGCAGCUCUAUGGGUGCAGUCUCGGGGGGUUCGAGAUCAACAGUGAUGCCAGCGACCAGCUAUCAUUAUCGUCAUCACCAAAGUCCGAUGCAUCUGUUCCCAAGCAUCGCAAACAGCCCGGGAAAGCCGGUGACUAUGAUCUAGAAGAUCAGAUCCGCUUCGUCGACCAGAAACUCACAGUUCUCAUGGAGACUACCAUCGCGGCUAGAAGCCAUGACCACAGACCAGACUCAUCUCCUGGGGGCACUGCCACGCAACGGCCAAAAGUCAUUCUGAUCGGCCACUCGGUGGGAGCGUAUAUUGCCAUGGAAAUUCUCAGGCGCCACCGCGAGACUAUUCCAAAGAAUAGCUCCGAAAGAAGAGCAGCACAGCUAGCCUCCAUGAAUGACUAUUCCCCUCCUGAAUUAGAUAUCGUCGGGGGCGCGAUGCUCUUCCCGACUGUCAUUGAUAUCGCAGCAUCACCAUCGGGACAGAAACUCACUACUCUUCUAUCGUUUAUUCCCCGGCUCGCCAUGCUUGUUGGCCUGCUAGUCCGACUCCUCACUUUCCUGCUACCUGACUUUGUCCUCCGGUCUGUGGUUCGGUUCGUGAUGAAGAGUCCGCCUUCCCAUGCUCUAGAUGCAACUGUUGCUUUUCUGAAGAGCUCUGGCGGCGUACGACAGGCUCUACACAUGGCCACCGACGAAAUGCGCACUAUCACCUCGGACAAGUGGACCGACGAUGUCUGGGGUGCUGCAACGGCGCGUGAGCCACUUAUGAAGCUUGUUUUCUAUUUCGGACGAAAUGACCAUUGGGUGGCCGAGAAGACGAGAAAUGAGAUUAUUGCGCUUCGAGGACGCAAGGAAGGCAGCGGGCCGACAAUGCUUGUUUGUGAAGAGGGGUUGCCACAUGCGUUUUGUCUAAAACAUAGUGAUACCAUGGCUCGCAAGGUUGCGGGGAUGAUUCGGGAGAUCUUGACUUGA